AUGACAUAUCCAACGGGUACGGGUUCUUAUCCAUAUUCUGUUGUUGUUAGUGACUUUAACAAUGACACUGCACUGGACAUUGUUGUCGUUAAUGAAGACACCAAUAAUGUUGGUGUAUUCCUCGGAUAUGGUAGUGGCACAUUCUCAAUUAUGAUACUAUUUUCUAUGGGUUACGGAUCCCGAGCAUUCUCCGCUGUGGCUGGUGAUUUUAACGCUGAUACAAAAUUGAAUUUAGUCGUAGCAAAUGAUGGCACUGACAAUUUAUAUGUUUUCUGA